UUUUCUCCCCGCACAAAAUAAAAUUUAUUCUUUCGUUUUAUCCAUUUUGGGUUCGCCGACAACCGCCAAACCCCUCUGCAAAAUUCAAAGCCGCUCUCUUUCUCAUCGCCGGAAUUCCGUACAUUCUGAUCUCUUAUUCUGGACUAGGUUGAAUUUUGUCUGUAUAAUCUCCAUUGCUGAAGAAGUGUAGAGGUUUUUUUGAAGUCUCAGGAGUUGGAGGUGUAGUAAUGUCGGAAGGCGACAUGGCGGUUAUUAAACCAAAGAUGUUGAAGUCAUAUAUAUGGCUUCAGACUACAGAUGGUUCAAUCCAGCAAGUGGAGCAAGAAGUUGCCAUGUUUUGCCCAUUGAUAUGUCGAGAGGUUAUACAAAAGGGGAUGGGGUCGUCCAAAACACAUGCAAUAUCUCUUCCAGAGAGAGUAAAUACUGCGAUGUUGAGCCUAAUUCUUGAUUACUGUAGGUUUCAUCAAGUACUGGGUCGCUCUAAUAAGGAAUGCAAGUCGUUUGAUGAAAAAUUUAUUCGAAUGGACACACAGAGGCUCUGUGAGUUGACAUCAGCUGCUGACAGCCUCCAGUUAAAGCCAUUGGUCGAUCUGACCAGUCGUGCCCUUGCGCGAAUAAUUGAAGGGAAAACGCCGGAGGAGAUACGUGAGAUAUUUCAUCUUCCUGAUGAUCUUACUGAGGAAGAGAAGUUGGAGCCAUUGAAAAAUGUGACUGAUGAUCCGCGGAUACGGCUUUUGAAUCGACUGUAUGCAAGAAAGAGGAAAGAACUUAAGGAAAGAGAGAAAUUGAAGAAUACUGAGAAUGGAGAGCAAAAUGAUGACCGUUCAGUAGACGAUCUCCUGUCAUUCAUUAACGGAGAAAUUGGAGAUUCCAAAGAGAUCAAAUCAUCCAAGAAUAAAAAGAAGAAUCGUAGAAGAAAAGAUCAGCAGAAAAAUACUUGCCUAUAUGAGGCCAAUGGCAGCCAUGAGGAGAAAAGUUUAAACUUUGUUUGCCCCAGUGACGAUGUCAACAAAUUUAGGCCCAGUCCCAGUUUGACGUUAACGUUACAAGAUCUGGAACAUGACAGUCUGAAUGAUCAGCUUGAGCUUGAUGAUGGUGAUAUCGAUGAUGAGAUUGAUCCAGCUUUAAAAGCACAAAUUGAUAGGGAGGUUGAAGAUUUUGCUCGGAGGUUGAACUCUGACUGGCCUCAAAGGAUGCAAGAAAUUCUAUCUUUGGGUCAAGAAAGGAGGCGGGCACAAUUUUCUGUUAACGGAAAUGAUUCUUUAAGAAGAUAUGCUUGAGCGAAUCCAGAGUGGAAAUGAUUCUUACAACAUGAUUAUCCCUCUGUCCGCCAAUGGCCGGAACAAUUUUGACCAGAUGCUAACAGGCUUUUAAGAGUUACUAUCAUUUACUUGGAUCCAAAAUGUGAAUUUCUUUUUUCUUCUUGUUUUCUAGAAUUCAAUUCAUUUUUCUUUUGUUGGCUCAACUAGGACACAGUUUUCAGGGGAAACUUUUGUACUUGUAUCUUGAACAAACAAAUUAUCACAGUAAUUUGUUGUCAUGAGCUAAAUUUUGCUCGGUUAUCACAAGCUUGUAUGAGAUCACAGUUAUUUCUACUCACUCUUCCAAAGGAAUAAUGAAUAUAUGUCAUUUAUCUUUGCA